CAAUUAAAGCUUUUUGUUAUUAUUUCUGUACGGAUUUUGUUUCUGGUUUUUAAAUGGUUUUAAUUGAUCUUGAUGAGGUGCUGAUUUGACAAUAAGAUCGAUGACACAGGGAGUAAACAUAUAAAUUUAAAACGUAUAUAUAGAAACAGGAUGAAGCGAUCACAUUCUUUGGAGGAAGAAGAAUCUAAAGUAUCACGUCUCAAAUAUGAUGGAGAUGGCAGACUUUCUGGAGAUUUUGAUAAAGUUUCACAACACGGGUUAAAAAAAGUACACAGUGAAACGAACGUGAAAGAUAAAAAUGGCCACAUCUUCCAUCUACUCGAAAAUAAUAAUCGUAUGGAACAAAUGGAAAUUGAAAAUUACUCUCUAAGAACAAGAUGCAAACGACUUGAAAGUAUUGUCACUCAACUACUCGAAAAUAAAGGAAAAACUGAAGAUGACGAGGAACAGGGGUUAAAAAGUAAAGAGAAAGAAGGUGAAGAUAUACGAGUAGCAACGCGACCAUACCAAGACGAAGGGUUGUCGUUCAGUCUUUCGUAUGAAAGUGAUUCGCCUAGUCCUCCUUAUCGCACCAAUUCUCCAAUUAGGUCCAUCCCGCCGCCUUUAUACUUUCGGCACAAUCCAAGUUAUGAAGUCUCCCAGUGUCAUCAAUACUUACCUGCACCGGCCAAGUCUUUGUCAGAACAAGUGUUUUCAAAACAUCGUCCUAUGGGUCAUAUACAUAUCCCAGUUUCUUUAAAAGAGGAACACAAAAUAAAAAACAGAAUUGGCUUUAGUUGUGUUGAAGUAAGCGAUCCUAGGCAUAUUUUAAGAAAAACACCAUCUCCAUCAGAGAUUACCUCUGACACAGGUGAUAAAGUGAAAGAGAAAGAAAAGGGAAAUGAAAUCAUCACUCCUGAGGAGAUGGAAGAAAGAAAUGAAUUAUUCAGAGCAACAUACUAUGCACACAAAACCGGCCAGAAAAAGACCCCUGAGAAUAAUAUCUACGAUGGUAGAGUACCACGAAGACACUCUCCACCAUACGGGUGUGUAGAAUUAACAGAAUCAUAUAGCAUUCAAGAAAAAAGGUCGCCUAAAUGUUUUUUACCAACGUAUCAUCGAAGGUAUUACCCAUACGAUUCUCUCAAAAUAGAUCGGGAAAGAAUUAAAGUAGAUGAAGACUACAAACCAGAAAUGCAUCAAUUGGAGUCAAUAUCUUAUAAUACGAGAGACGAAUAUAGACCAUAUUAUGCACCCGUAAGAGCACACAAAGCCACAGUCAUGAAAACUCUACAGACUUUUGAAGCACGAGAUAAAGGACGAGCAUUUUCUCCUCCAGAAAACAGAACCCUAAUCCCUAACCUUUUCUCUUCUAAAAGAGGUUACAAAGAAGCAUCGGGGCUACCGAUACCCAUGCCUCAAUUAAUAUCAUCUGAUCCUGAUUUUACGAAAUACAACAGCGACUUUUAUACAAAACUCCCGCCAAAACUUCAUAUUGUCGAAAGUCAAAAUGAAAAUGGCGUCACUCUGACCUGGAAUGCUACAUCAAACUGCGACAGUUCGCUUGUGAAGUCAUAUCAAUUGUUCGCUAGAGAAUUAUUUGGUCAUAAAGUGGGUACAAUGAAACGUAUAGGUAUCGUAGAUGCUUUACCUCUACCGAUGUCUUGUAAUAUUGAUAAAUUAAAAUAUAAUAUUAAAUAUAAAUUUGCCGUUUGCGCUGUAGACAUUUAUGGACGUUUUGGUAAAAUGAGCAACUUCACUGGAAAGUUUGAAUUGAAACCGAAGGGAGCGUUGGAUGAACAAGACGCAAAGGACAUGGAGUUGAGAAUUGUUGUUUAAAUUAUUUAUUUAUUUAUUUAUUAAUAUAUUUGAAAUAUAAAGUAUUUUUUAGUUUUACUAUUUUUAGUGAUAAGUUAAAAGUAAUUUUAUAUUAGUUUAUAUGACAACUUUGCACGGACAUUUGAGGGUUUUUCUUAAAACAUAUACUUGGAGAAAUCAAGUACAAGAUAAAUAUCUUAAAAAAAGAAAUUUUCUAAAUAAGUUUUGUCCAACCUCGGCCCCAGGGCUUUUUUCUCUUUAAAUGCCGUGGACGGCGAGAACUCCAAAUAUAAAAAGAGACAAAAAGCCUGAGAUCGAGGUUCGGUUAUAUCUCCAAGGUUAUAUUGUAUACAAUAUAAAAAAAGUAUAAAUUCUCACUGUUACAGUUUAAACAAAAAAAUUAGCGCAUUGUCUGCCGCCAAAUUAGUUUGAAAAGUGUAAAUAUCAAUAUAAUAAUAAAGGAGAUCCAACAAUACUUGGAGA